AUGAANGUAGCAGGCGGUCACUCCUCAGGCUCGUUGCAAGGUGGCGGGCAAGGCGGUGGUUUCGCUGGAGCGACGGCGGCGGCGGGUGGCGGGCACGUUCACGGCGGCACUGGCUUCGUGUCGAUGUGUAUAAGAGACAUUGGCGGUGGAUCAGGUGGCGGUAUUGGCGGUGGAUCAGGUGGUGGAUCAGGGGGCGGAUUUAGCGUAGGCUCAGUAGACGGCGGUCACUCCUCAGGCUCGUUGCAAGGUGGCGGGCAAGGCGGUGGUUUCGCUGGAGCGACGGCGGCGGCGGGUGGCGGGCACGUUCACGGCGGCACUGGCUUCGUGUCGGUUGGCGGGACCGCUGUCGUCGGGCGCUAA